AUGCCUCCUCCAUUCUCCUCGUCUCGGGGAAUGACCAAAAACCCCAUCAAGCCAGCCCGCUACCGUCCGGGAAAACCCAUCGCCGAGGAGCCUUCUUCCGACGAGGAAGAAGAAGAAGAAGAGCAGGACGAGGAAGCAGCAAAAGAAGCACAAAGAGAACAAGAACGACGCAGACGAGCCGAGGCCCUAAAACGGAGACAACAAGCGCCCAAAGCAACGUCAUUCCCCGGCGGCGCAGUAGCAGCCCAAACAGCCACAGAAGAAGACGAUGAAGAAGGCUUCGUCACAGAUGAAGAGGACAAGCCGGCACCAGCAGCGCCAAAAGCAGUACCAACCGACACCUCCGAACCCGUGUCUAGACCUGCCCCCGUCGCAAGCGACUCAGAAUCCGAAGAAGAAUCCGAAGAAGAAAGCUCUGAAGAAGAAUCCUCCGAAGACGAAGCACCGCGCAAACUCCUCCGACCCACCUUCAUAAAAAAGAACGCCCGCGGCGCCACAACAGCAGCGCAAACCCAAGCUUCCGCCGAAGCCGAGCAAGCCGCAACAGCCGAAGCGCGACGCCUAGCCCAACGACAAGAAAAAGCCGACCAGCUAAUCCGCGACCAGCUCGAGAAAGAAGCCAUAGCGCGCUCGAGCGCCAAUCGCGCCUGGGACUACGACGAGCUCGUCGAAGCCGAAGACGAAGAAGCCAUCGACGACACCGACGGACUUGACCCCGAAGCCGAGAAAGCUGCGUGGACUUUACGGGAACUGAAGCGCGUGCAGCGGGCGCGUGAAGCCAUCGAGGCGUCUGAGAAAGAGCGCGAAGAGAUCGAGCGUCGGCGCAAUUUGACGGAGGAAGAGCGCGAGAAGGAAGAUCGCGAGUUUAUUGCUAAGCAGAAGGAGGAGAGGGAUGCGAUGCGCGGUGAGACGGGCUUUAUGCAGAGGUAUUUCCAUAAGGGGGCUUUCUUCAGGGAUGAGGUUGAGAAGGAGGGGUUGGAUAGAAGGGCGCUUAUGGGGGCUAGGUUUGAGGAUGAGGUUGAUCGGGAUACGUUGCCGCAGUAUAUGCAGGUUCGGGAUAUGACGAAGCUGGGGAAGAAGGGGAGGACGAGGUAUAAGGAUUUGAGGAGUGAGGAUACGGGGAGGUUUGGGGAUGGGUUGGAGAAUCGGAGAAGGAGGGAUGGACCGCCUGUUGGUGUUACGGAUGAGAGGUUUAUGCCUGAUCGGUUUGGUGGGAGGGAUGAGGGGGAUCGUGGGCCGACGGGAGCUAAUGCUAGUGUCGUGAGGCCUAGGCGGAUGGAUCGUUCGCCGAGGGAGGAUGAGAGGGAUCGGGAGCGCAGUCGGUCGAGGGAGAGGAGGAAGAGGAGUCCGUCGCCUUAUGAUGAUCGGGAGAAACGUCGGCGGGUGGAUGCUGAAGCGUGA